AAAGCUCGAGAGGCCUGGUCCGAUACUCUCUGGAAGGAUCUUAAUAUUCAAAUUCUACAGGAGGGCAUGGAACGUUUCCUAAAAGAUUUACGCAGACUUCCGAAAGAAGUGCGAUCUCUUAAUGUUGGUCGAACGUUGGAUGAACAUAUGCGUGAAUUUCGUGACUCUCUUCCACUUUUUGUUGACCUCAAGCAUGAGGCACUGCGCGAGAGGUGCGUGCUUUGA